AUGGUUCAACUUCACACAUACGAGGACGGCGCGAUUGAUGUUGAGGCAGCCUUCACUGCUGAGAUCCUGAUAACCGAGCGUGUUGGGCUCCAGGACAUCUGGCACAGCCAGUACGCCGGUUCUGGGGUCAUGGGACUGCGCAAAGGCAUGUAUAUCAAGUACUUGCCCACCAAAUACCACCCGAUCAAUGGCAACAUGCUCACCGGAGGAGCGUAUCUCUUUGAUACCUUGGAAAAUGCAAAGGCAUAUGAAGAUUGGACCACCAACGAGUUCAAAGUCGGCGAGCCGCCAACCACGUAUUGGAAGCAGCCUUUGUUCAAAUCAGUCGAUUCCUGGAUCUGGAAUGUCAUCGGUGCCCACAACUUCACAGACGUUGAUGAGCAUCACAUCGGUCGCUGGCAGCGUUGGACUUACCACCAUGUAGGCGUGGGAGAUAUCCUGAAACAGCUGUAUCCUGUCCUGAAAGAUGCAGCUGAGAAGAGAGGGGCUGGGUCAUUCUGGCUGUUGCAUCGACCAGAGGAUAAGAUGAUUGGCGUUCAAAUGUCAUUCCCAAAGCCAGAGGAACUUGAUGAUGAGAGCCUUCUCCAGGAGAUUGAGGCUGUAGCCAGGAAGAAGUCAUUGGCUGAUGUUUUCCCGGAUGCACUGGAAGCAGAGGUUCUGAUGGACAGGACUAGUGCUUACCAUGCAAUUUGGCAGCCGUUGUUGGAUGGUCCAAACGGUCUCAAGGUGGCAUGUCCUAACUUCCCACAUCUUGCAGGUGAGAAGGCCUGA